GCGCGGCGAGGUGGGGGGGCGCGGGGCAGCGCAGGUUCCCGUCUGUGCUGGCUGCGGCCUUCACUGAACGGGGGGACGGCCCCGGCCCGGCCCUUCAGGACGAUGGACCCGGCCGAGGCCGUCCUGCAGGAGAAGGCGCUCAAGUUCAUGCCCCGAAUACACAUGCCAAAAGAUGGAUUCCAACUUAUAUCUUCUGGAUACCAAGCAUGGCUAAAGCAGUGCUCUAUGCCCAGAUCUCUGUGGCUGGGCUGCUCCAGCCUGGCGGACAGCAUGCCCUCGCUGCGAUGCCUGUAUAACCCAGGGACUGGCGCACUCCCAGCUUUCCAGAAUUCCUCUGAGAGAGAAGACUGUAAUAAUGAUGAGCCCCCUAGGAAGAUCAUUCCUGAGAAGAAUUCACUUAGACAGACCUACAACAGCUGUGCCAGACUGUGCUUAAACCAGGAAACAGUAUGUCUAGGAAGCACUGCUAUGAAGACUGAAAAUUGUGUGGCCAAAACAAAACUUGCCAAUGGCACUUCCAGUAUGAUUGUGCCCAAGCAAAGAAAACUGUCUGCAAGCUAUGAGAAGGAGAAGGAGCUCUGCGUCAAGUACUUUGAACAGUGGUCCGAGUCUGACCAGGUGGAGUUUGUGGAGCACCUCAUCUCCCAGAUGUGUCACUACCAGCAYGGACAUAUAAACUCAUACCUCAAACCCAUGUUACAGCGGGACUUCAUCACUGCACUGCCAGCUCGGGGAUUGGAUCACAUUGCUGAGAACAUUCUGUCAUACCUGGAUGCCAAAUCUUUGUGUGCUGCUGAGCUGGUGUGCAAGGAGUGGUACCGGGUGACAUCGGAUGGGAUGCUGUGGAAGAAGCUCAUUGAGAGAAUGGUCAGRACAGACUCCCUGUGGAGGGGUUUGUCAGAGAGGAGAGGAUGGGGGCAAUAUCUAUUUAAAAAUAAACCUCCUGAUGGAACUGCACCACCCAACUCCUUCUACAGAGCACUUUACCCCAAAAUUAUACAGGACAUAGAGACAAUAGAGUCGAACUGGCGGUGUGGAAGGCACAGUUUACAGAGGAUCCACUGCCGAAGCGAGACAAGCAAAGGGGUUUAUUGUUUACAGUAUGAUGAUCAGAAGAUAGUAAGCGGCCUACGAGACAAUACUAUUAAGAUCUGGGAUAAGAAUACAUUGGAAUGCAAGCGAAUUCUCACCGGACACACGGGUUCUGUCCUGUGUCUCCAGUACGAUGAGCGGGUGAUCAUUACUGGAUCUUCAGACUCAACAGUCAGAGUGUGGGAUGUGAAUGCAGGCGAGAUGCUGAAUACACUGAUCCACCACUGCGAAGCUGUUCUGCACCUCCGYUUCAACAAUGGCAUGAUGGUGACGUGUUCCAAAGACCGCUCCAUCGCCGUGUGGGACAUGGCAUCCCCGACAGACAUCACCCUGAGGAGGGUGCUCGUAGGGCACCGAGCUGCCGUCAACGUAGUGGACUUUGAUGACAAGUACAUUGUAUCGGCAUCAGGUGACAGAACUAUAAAGGUAUGGAACACUAGUACCUGCGAAUUUGUGCGCACCUUAAAUGGCCACAAACGAGGCAUUGCAUGUCUGCAGUACAGAGACAGGCUAGUAGUGAGCGGCUCUUCAGAUAAUACCAUCAGGCUGUGGGAUAUCGAGUGUGGGGCAUGUUUACGAGUACUGGAAGGCCAUGAAGAGUUGGUGAGAUGCAUACGCUUUGAUAACAAGAGGAUAGUCAGUGGGGCGUAUGAUGGGAAAAUUAAAGUAUGGGAUCUUGUGGCUGCCUUGGAUCCCCGUGCUCCAGCAGGAACCCUCUGCUUGCGAACCCUUGUGGAGCAUUCUGGAAGAGUCUUUCGACUUCAGUUUGAUGAGUUCCAGAUCGUCAGCAGCUCACAUGAUGACACCAUCCUCAUCUGGGAUUUUCUGAAUGACCCAGCUGCCCAGGCAGAAUCCACUCGUUCCCCGUCCAGAACAUACACCUACAUCACCAGAUAAAUAACACUACACUGUACCUCACACUCGCACAGGAUUUGUGACAUGUGGUGCCUGUGACUUCCCCUGAAGAAAUCCUCCUCCUCUGUCCAUCAUCAUCAAUAAUUAAAUCAGUUAUACUGCUGUCCAGAAGGAAGAAGGGUUUCUGCAGAGCGAGUAGAGCAGCUGCUGCCUAACAAGAGGAUGCAGAUGGCCUGACCCUGAGCAAUUGUCACCAGGCAGGAGGGUUUUGCCAAGAAGCGUCAGCUUUAUUCCCCCCCUCUGAAGUGGUGACCAUUCUUCUCACUCUGCAGCAAGCUGAUUCAAGAUUACAGUUUGGCUAGGGGAGGAGACAUUGAGGAGCAAGCACAAACCCAGGCAAAUUUAAUUGAGAUGAAUCAAUGUGCACAAUGAUAUACUGAUAGGGCCUAGCCCUUGUUCUCUCGCAUAGCAUGGAUGUUAAAUUAUUCGUUUCAGAGCCUGGUUGGCUCAUCACCUUUUGUCUUGGCCAGCACAAUAUGGGGAGGACAAAAUGUUUCAUAUGUUUGGGUCAGUUGUAGAGAGAAUUUGAUGCAUAUGAGUGAAGUGGGAUAACAUGAUUGCCUGCGUGGGUGGGUACAUGUACAAUUGCUGUUAAUAGCAGUAAACAUAAGAGAGAAGAAUGGCAGAAGAGCUGACAGGCUUCUGCAAAGGGGUGUCCACAGUGACAUUUUCCCAUGAAAAUGCUCUGUCAUGGAGCACAUCCUGUAUUCUGUUUGGUAACUGUGCAGUGACCUGUCAGAUCUUGAUUUUCUCUGGUCAAUCAGAUGUUAUUUUAAAUCAUUAAAAGGCUUAGUAUGAAUGGGGUUUGUUUGGUUUAUUCUGUUUUUUGU